AUGCAACACAAUGAUACAAGUUCAAAUAAUUUAUUUACAAAUAUUGAACGGUUAGGUACACGUGAUUUAUUAUCCUAUGGACAAAUUUCAUAUGAUAUUAUAUUAACAUCAAUCCAAAGUAAUAAUACAUUACCAUUAUCAAUUAAUGUUCAAUUAUAUAUCUAUCUGAUUUAUUUUAUAUUACUUGAACACACAACAAAAGAAUAUAAUGAAUUAUAUAUACAUUUAAUUGAACGUAAUUAUAAAUUAAUAACUAAAACUCAUGCAUAUGCAUCAUGUUUAUUUUUACUUGAAAAACAAACAAUAAUUGAUAGUUCAUCAAUAAUAUCAUCAUCAGAUAAUAUUCUUAUUGAACUUGUUGAAGAAUUAUAUGCACAUACAAAACAAUCAUCAACAUUACCAUAUGAAGCUUUACUUUUAUUACAUCCUUUAUCAUUAUUACUUGCACACAUUAGUUUUUUUUCGUGCUUUAAUUAA